GUUUUUGCUAUAAUCCUAUCCUUGUUCUUUACAAAUUACAAUUAUGAAGUUGUUUCAAGCGUACCUGCAUUUACUCCUUUUUCUUUCAUUAACAACAACAUCAAUUGCAAUUCCAAAGUACGCCAAGCCAGAGUGCAGUGAUAGGUGCGGGAGCGUGACCAUUCCAUACCCUUUUGGAAUUGGUGAGCGUUGUUCUGUCAAUCCAUGGUACACCAUUGAUUGCAAAAACAACACAACGCCAUAUCUAUUUAAACUCAACAACCUUGAAGUCUUGGGUGUAAACCUAAGUAAUCUAACGGUCACUGUUAACACACCAAGGGUCUCUUACUGCCAAAAACCAGUUUGGAACAGCAGUGAGAUUAUGGGCGUCCAUCUUGAUGGAAGCCCCUUCGUGUUUUCCAGAUCUGGAAAUACGUUUGUUUUUGAGGGGUGUGGUAAUGCUAUUAUGAUGACGGAUAAUGGAAGUGUGCUAACCGGGUGUUCAACGACUUGUCGUAACGAUACACCUAUCGAGAGACACAACUGUUUUGGAAUCAGUUGUUGCCAAACCACAAUUCCUGGUCAUUUAAUGUCGUACAGCGUUAGCCUCACUAGCCAGGAAACACAAGGUGAAAAUGGAGGUUGUGGGUCGUCUGCCGCCUUGGUGGAUAAAACUUCAUAUGAUGAAGAAAGGUUUUCUGUCAGGGAUGCCCCUUCAAUUCCGGUAUCACUUGUGUGGACUCUAACACUCAAAGACACCGAUCAUGUAACUUGUUGUCAUAACCGAACCAUUAUCCAGCGCAAAGUGGUUCUUUUUAAUGAUACUGCAUUGGAUACUUGGAUUUGCUAUCAACCAUCAGUAGCAGACAACCCAUAUUUAGAAGAUGGGUGCGAGGACUCUGAUUGUAGAAACUGCACAAAUGGAGGAGGUUACUGUAACUAUGACUACAUAUAUGACGUUGAUGGUGCACUUUUCAGUCAGAGCUUCACUUGUGUUCCUGGUGAAAAACCGAACCAAAGCAAACCGACAUCGUCCCUGGGUGUAACUGUAGGUAUAAGUAUAUCCAUGACUGCUUUUCUUGUUACAAUUACCAUCUAUGCAUCAUACAAACUAAUCAAGAAAACAAUAACAAGAAGACGAAGAAAGAGUGUUUUUAAACGCAUUAAUGGUGGUCUACUUCUGAAGCAACAAGAAGAAGUUGACCCGUCUUUAGUUGAUAAAACCUUACUUUUCACAUCACGAGAGUUGGCAAAGGCCACUGACAACUUCAAUGAGAACAGAAUUCUCGGAAGAGGUGGCCAAGGUACAGUCUACAAAGGUAUGUUAACUAAUGGAAGGAUUGUGGCUGUCAAGAAAUCAAAGUUACUUGAUGAAAGCCAAUUAGAAGAAUUCAUUAAUGAGGUGGUCAUUCUUUCACAAGUCAAUCAUAGAAACGUGGUUAAGCUACUAGGGUGUUGCUUAGAGACAGAGGUUCCUCUUCUAGUUUCCGAGUACAUUUUAAAUGGGACCUUGUAUGAUCGUAUUCACGACCAAAGUCAUGAGUUCCCAUUAUCUUUAAACAUGAGAUUACAAAUUGCUACGGACGUUGCACAUGCUCUUGCUUACUUGCAUACAUCAACUUCUAUUCCAAUAUAUCAUAGGGACAUAAAAACCACUAAUAUACUUUUGGAUGAAAAGUAUAGAGCCAAAGUUUCCGACUUUGGAACUUCGAGGUUUGUAUCAAUUGAUCAAACUCACUUAACUACCUUAGUCAAAGGUACGUUAGGCUACCUAGAUCCCGAGUAUUUUCAAUCAAGCCAGAUCACUGAAAAAAGUGAUGUUUAUAGUUUUGGGGUUGUCUUAGUUGAACUGUUAACUGGAGAAAGGCCAAUUUCCCAAACUAGAUUUGGUGAAAAUAGAAGUUUGGCUACACACUUUAUGUUGGCUAUGGAAGAAGGGCGCGUUAUGUCUAUUUUAGAUGCAAUGGUGGUUAAAGAGGGUACUAUGGACGAACUUAUGAUUGUAGCUAACCUAGCAAUGCGAUGCUUAAAUCUGAAUGGGAGGUAUAGACCAACAAUGAAAGAAGUAGCUAUAGAGUUAGAAAGCAUACGAACAUCGCACAUUCCCACUACAAUUCAAACGAAUACCAGUCCUAUGGUCUAUGGAGAGGAAUUAUCAAUCCUAACUUAUGGUGAAUCAUCAUCUACAUUCUUGAGUUGCAAUGAUAUCAUUAGUCAAUAAUGCAUAAAGCUAUAGUAAAAAAAUUAUUUUGUGCGAUAAAUUUAUGUUGUCAUAUUAUUUAUGUUGUAUUGUUGCGGUUGUUGUAAUAAAAUUAUGUUUAUGUCAUCACAAACACUUUAAGAUCAGGAAA